AUAGCGCUGUCGCAUGUCGAAAUCACUAAAAUACUGUAGUCACGCAAAGGAGAACCCCGUUCCAUCUCUAGUUUGUGCUGCAGAUUGUACUUAGUGCGGGAAAGGCAGAGCAGAAAUGGCCCUUUCCAAACACGUACCGGACAUUGAGAGCCUGCUUGCACUCAACCCACGCGUGGCCAAGACAGCUAGUGUCGUGUCAACAAGUGACACCAAGAAGGCACGCAAGCACUGGAAGAGAAAUGGACAGACCAAGGGCUGUGCCACCUGCUUUCCGGAGCCGUUGCAGAAUAACUUCGAUGACGUCAAGCAUACUACACUGAGCGAACGGGGUGCAUUGCGUGAGUCGCAAAGAUGCUUGAAGUGUGCCGAUGCACCGUGCCAGCGCAGCUGUCCAACCCAGCUGGACAUCAAGUCCUUCAUCACAAGUAUCAGCAACAAGAACUACUAUGGAGCUGCCAAAGCAAUCUUAUCCGACAACCCUUUGGGCCUGACUUGUGGCAUGGUGUGCCCCACGAGCGACCUGUGCGUGGGCGGCUGUAACCUCUAUGCUUCCGAGGAAGGUCCCAUCAACAUUGGUGGACUGCAGCAGUUUGCUGUGGAGAUGUUCAAGGACAUGCACCUUGCACAGGUGCGAGACCCAUCUCUGCCCAGCGUGGACAACAUUGAGAGCUAUCAGGCCAAGGUUGCAUUGAUUGGCUGUGGUCCAGCAUCCAUCAGCUGUGCUACAUUCCUGGGAAGGCUCGGUUACAGCAAUGUCACCAUAUUUGAGAAGGAAGACUUCGUCGGUGGCCUAAGCUCAUCCGAAAUCCCACAGUUCCGAUUACCGUACGAUGUAGUCUCUUUUGAAGUGGAGUUGAUGAAAGAUCUUGGAGUAAAGGUCCACACCAAGCGAUCGCUGACUGUUGGAGAUUUGACGCUUGAGGGUCUGAAAGGCAGUGGAUAUGAAGCCGUGUUCGUUGGAAUCGGCAUGCCCAAUCCUAAGUGCAGCCCGGUGUUUGAUGGACUGGAUGCAACGCAUGGAUUCUUGAACUCCAAGAACUUCUUGCCAGCGGUGUCCAAAGCCAGCAAACCAGGCAUGUGCUCUUGUCAAAGCAGCAUGCCCGACAUGCAGGGAAGCAGCGUGAUUGUGCUCGGCGCCGGCGACACUGCAAUGGACUGUGCCACGAGUGCACUGCGCUGCGGGGCCAAGCGCGUCUUUAUCGUGUUCCGCAAGGGCUUCAACAACGUGCGUGCUGUGCCCGAAGAGAUGGAGGUAGCAAAGAACGAGCGCUGUGAAUUCUUACCAUUCCUGUCUCCACGUGAGGUUGUUGUCAAGGGUGGCAAGAUUCAUUCCCUCAAGCUGUGCCGAACAGAGCAGAAUGACAAUGGCGAGUGGGUCGAGGACGAAGAUCAGAUUGUCACCCUGAAGGCAAACUAUGUGAUUUCUGCAUUCGGUUCUGGACUGUCCGAUCAGAAUGUGGCCAGUGCUCUAUCACCGUUGAAAUUUGACAAGUGGUCAUUGCCCGUGGUGGAUCCCAACACUAUGCAGACCAGCGAGCCGUGGGUAUUCUGCGGUGGGGACUUGGCCGGCGUGACGCAGACAACAGUCGAAGCCGUCAACGAUGGCAAGCAAGCAGCUUGGUUCAUGCACACUUACUUGCAGUCACUGCAUGGCCUGGCCGUGCCCAAGGAGCCGCAGCUGCCCAAGUUCUUCACCUCAGUCGACCAGGUGGACCUGAGUGUGGUAGUGGCUGGCAUUCGUUUCCCAAACCCGUUUGGCCUGGCCAGCGCCACACCGACCACAAGUGCUCCGAUGAUACGACGUGGAUUCGAAGCCGGCUGGGGAUUCGCUGUGACCAAGACCUAUGGCUUGGACAAGGACCUGGUCACCAAUGUGUCACCUCGCAUUGUCCGUGGAACAACAUCUGGACCAGUCUUCGGCCCGGGCCAGUCAUCCUUCCUCAACAUUGAGUUGAUCAGUGAGAAGACUGCAGCAUAUUGGUGCCAGAGUAUCAAGGAGCUGAAGCAGGACUUCAAGGAGCAGAUUGUGAUUGCCAGUAUCAUGUGCGGCUACGACAAGGAAGAUUGGACCGUGCUUGCCAAGCAGUCAGAGGCUUCCGGUGCAGAUGCGCUGGAGUUGAACCUGUCCUGUCCUCAUGGAAUGGGUGAACGCGGCAUGGGCUUGGCGUGUGGACAGAAUCCAGAAUUGGUCCUCAACAUCUGCCGCUGGGUGCGUGCCGCUGUGAAGAUCCCGUUCUUUGCCAAGCUGACACCCAACGUCACCGACAUUGUCAUCAUUGCCCGCGCUGCCCACGACGGUGGAGCUGACGGUGUGACUGCAACCAACACCGUGUCUGGCUUGAUGGGCGUACAGUCGUCGUCCAAUGCAUGGCCAGCAGUCGGAGAGGAGAAGCGCACAACCUACGGUGGAAUGUCGGGCAACGCCAUCCGCCCGAUCGCCCUGCGUGCCGUGUCCGCCAUUGGCCGUGCCUUGCCGGGGUAUCCCAUUCUGGCGACAGGUGGCAUCGACUCUGCUGAUGUGGGACAACAGUUUUUGCACUGCGGAGCACAUCUGCUGGAGGUAUGCAGCGCUAUCCAGAACCAGGACUUCACCUUGAUUGAUGACUACAUCACUGGCCUCAAGACGCUGCUCUAUCUGCAGUCCAUCAAUGAGCUCAAUGGCUGGGAGGGACAGAGCAAGCCGACCACGCGACAUCAGCUUGGCAAGCCAGUGCCGAUGAUUUCUGAUAUUGUCGGCAAGUCUCUUCCCAACUUCGGCCCGUUUGCCGAGAAGCGGCGUGAAGUAGUCGCUGAAAAGAAAGCGCAGACUACACCACUGCAGCAAGCGCAAGCAGAGAUUCAUCGACCAGCCUACGCUCCAUCCCAACCAGUGCAGUCCAUCAAAGAGCUGAUCGGCAAGUCUCUAGACCGCAUCGGAGCUUAUGGUCAGUUGAAUAACCAGCAGCAGGUGGUGGCAUUGAUUGAUGAGGAGAUGUGCAUCAACUGUGGCAAGUGUUACAUGGCAUGCAAUGACAGCGGCUACCAGGCCAUCACGUUCGAUCCGACCACCCACUUGCCCCACAUCACCGAGGACUGCACGGGCUGCACCAUCUGCCUGUCCGUCUGUCCCAUCAUCGAUUGCAUACGCAUGGUGGAGCGACCCACGCCGUACAAGCCAAUCCGUGGCUUGCAGCCGGUGUAGCCAUGAAGGGUGGUGCCUGUACGUAUUGUUCUGAUGGUCAGUACUCUGACUGCCUAUGAUGUUUAGCAAAUACCAACACGUCCCCUUCUCACAGCCAUACAUAGUACAAACAUGCCCAAUAGGAUUUGAAUUCUUUUACAAGGCGUUGUUUUCUUCUUCACAAGUCCUGACGAAGUGAAGUAGAAGAGUAGCUAGGCUUUUCAAAUGAAAUACGGUGCUUGCCAAUGCCCCCCCCCCCCCCCCUGUUUUCCUUCAAACAUUCUUUUUCUCUUUUAUGUUUUGCUUCAUUAAAAAGGGCUACCUAACACGUGUACUCACUUUAUCGGUUAAUCGAUGAAAAAUUAUUAGAACCAAUGUUGUUUCUAUUGCUGGCUGCUGCUGUCGCUUAUUUGCCAGGGGAAAAUUAGAAUGUUAUACCUUAUAUCUUACUCUUUUUUUUCUUGGGCUAGUAUUUAAUGGAUUUGAUUUAUUUCUAUGAAAUCUGGAGUUCAGAUACCAUGGUCCUGGAGUUCUACCAUUAUAGUCUACGUGUGUGCCAAUGUAUUUGUUCCUCAUUUUCUCUUCAAGAUCGUUGUUGGGUGGCAUUCA